AUGACUACCCCAACUGCACCCCCAAUCCUGGACUUUUCUCCUUUCUAUGGCAAUGACAGCGAGGCCAAGGCAAAGCUAGUGGAGGAAGUGCGAAAGUGCUGCCACUACAAUGGAUUCUUCCAAAUUACUGGUCACCGAGUGCCAUUGGAGCUGCAGAAACGCGUGAUGGAAUGCUCCAAACGCUUCUUCAACCUGCCUCUGGAGGAGAAACUACAAAUCGACAAAAAUCACAAUUCUUUCAACCGCGGCUACGAACUCCUCCGAUCACAGAUGCUCGAAGCGGGCACCGGCCCCGAACUGAAGGAAGGCCUCUACAUUGGAGAGGAGAUUCCCGAAGACCACCCAUACUUUCUGCAAAAGAAGCUAAACAGUGGUCCGAAUCAAUGGCCGCAAAAUAUUUCCGACAAGGAGGAAUUCCAGAAAACGACCAUGGAAUACUAUCACGCGGUGUUUGAACUGGCGAAGGAUGUACUCGGUGUCGUGGCUCUCACCCUGGGUGUGGAGUCGAGCUUCUUUGAGCCACUCACCGAAGGUGCUGUCGCAACUAUGCGAUAUCUGCAUUAUCCUGCACAGCCCAAAGACGAAGAUGAGAAGCUGAACCGUGGAAUCGGAGCGCAUACAGACUUCGGCUGUGUUACUCUCCUACUGCAGGACGAAAUUGAUGGUCUGCAGGUCUUGGAUGCUCCAUCUGGAAAAUGGCUCGAUGUUAAACCUACCCCCGGAGCAUACGUGAUUAAUCUCGGUGACCUAUUCAUGCGCAUGGCCAACGACAAAUACAAGUCAAACACGCACCGCACUAUCUCUGCGAGUGCCUACCGAAUUGCCGCGAGCCGGGCGAAUCCGCGAAAUACCCCCCCUAUCACGGUUCAAGACAUGGUAACUUCUGCCUACAAGGAUAGCUACGGUCGCGCCGAGAAGUACAAGAAGGAGCUUGAAGCGAAGAAAGUGGAUGUGGGUCCAGCUUUAACUGCGGUUGGCGCAUGA